AUGGCUCCUUCUCCCUCCAGUCAUACACUCUUGUGUCUGCUGGCGUUCGCCGCCACCUCCGCCGUGGCGAGCCCGCUGCUGCAGCCCGGCCCGACCCCGACCCCAGUCGCCGCCGCCGCCGCCCCCAUUGACAACGGCGUCCAGCUCGGCGCCGCCGUCAUCAACCACGCCGUGGACGCCGCCUCGCCCGUCGCCGGAGGGGGUCCGCCGACGGUGACGCCCGUGGACUUUGCCGGGGCGGCGGCGUGGGCGAGCGAGCUGACGGUGACGAUCCAGAACCGGUACGACGGCGACAUCAAGACUCGCCACGUGAACGGGGGCGGGGUGCCUCUUCCUUACGGGAACCCCGGGACCGGCAUCAUCCCCCGGGGCGGGCAGGCGGUCUUUACCGUCCCGCGCGGGUGGCACGGCAACGUCGCUGUCAACGACGGGUACUUUCCCGUCGAUACUGGUGACGAAUCGCAGAUUGAGGGCAGCUUUAUGAACCAGGGCCAGGGCGAGCGGGGUGACAUUAACGUCAGCUACGUCAACGGCUUCUCGGUACCCAUCGUCUGCAAAUGCAACGAGAACAACUUGUGGGCCGGCUGCAGCAAGAACCUGUGGGAGCUCGGGAGGUGUCCUAACGACAACUGGAAGCACUCGUGCCGCAACGACGCUCGCAAAGACGGCUGGACCACCCCUCCCGGCCCCUUCUUCAUGCCCUGCCGCGGGGCGACCGGCGCCUACACCUUCCCCGCCGACGACCUGGCCAACAGCCUGAAUGCCAAGUGCUCGCGGGAGCAGUACACGUGCUGCGUGGGCAAAGGAUGCGCCCCGAACCCGGCCCAGAACGGCUUCCACUAA